AUCCAAGUCUUGGUUUUGCCCAGGGCGAAGAGGUCGUACUUCAGAGCCGCUCUAGCUGUCGCGCGGACUCCACAUUCCACCAAGAGAAUCCUCUUGUGUUUUUUUAGUGACUGAAGAAACAACUCUUCACUCGGCUAAGGCCCGAGAUACAUUCAAUUUUUUAGAUUCUCUUUCUCAACCCUUAUCCAAAUAAAAAAAAAAAGAAAAAACCACCAAAAAAAAGUAACCCUAACUACCUACAAACAUGUCUGACGACGAGGAACAAUACUCCAGCGAGGAGGAGGUUGAGGAAGUGGGUAGAACAUCCCAAAAGGAGUCCGGUGAAGGAGUCGAGUUUAUGAAGAGACAAGAACAGAAGAGAAGCGAUCUCGAUGAACAACUCAAGGAAUACAUUUCGGAAUGGAGAAAGCAGAGAGCCAAGGAAGAAGAGGAGCUCAAACGGCUUAAGGAGAAACAAGCAAAGCGCAAGGUGACUCGCGCUGAAGAAGAGAAGAAAUUGGCUCAAAAGAAGAAAGAAGAAGAAGAACGUCGUCAACGUGAAAUUGAGGAGAAGAAACAACGGGAUAUGGAAGAAAAGAGAAGACGUUUAGAAGAAUCUGAGAAAAAACGUCAAGCAAUGAUGCAAGCAAUGAAAGAUCAAGCGAGCAAGAAAGGUCCCAAUUUCACCAUCACCAAGAGUAGUAUAGCUGGAAACAUGUCGUCGGCACAAUUGGAACGUAACAAAACGAAAGAGCAAUUGGAAGAGGAAAAGAAAAUCUCGUUGAGCAUUCGUAUUAAGGCAUUGGAAAUUGAUGGUUUGGGAAUUGACAAAUUAAGAUUUAAGGCCCAAGAACUUUGGGACCAGAUUGUCAAACUCGAGACUGAGAAAUACGAUCUUGAGGAACGUCAAAAACGUCAAGACUACGAUCUUAAAGAAUUAAAGGAAAGACAAAAGCAACAGCUUAGACAUAAGGCCCUUAAAAAGGGAUUGGACCCAGAAGCCCUCACUGGCAAAUACCCACCUAAAAUUCAAGUCGCCUCCAAAUACGAGCGUCGUGUUGACACUAGGUCCUACGAUGACAAAAAGAAACUCUUCGAGGGUGGAUAUGACACUCUUCUCUCGGAGAUCAACGAGAAAUUGUGGAAACAGAAAACAGAGCAAUUUAUGAAACGCACCAAAACGAAGCUACCAAAAUGGUUUGGCGAGAGGCCUGGAAAGAAAACUGGCGAUCCCGAAUCACCGGAAGGCGAGGAAGAUGUGAAGGCAUCGGGUGACGCCGAUCUUGAGGAACCUCAAUUCGAUGAAGAAGAAGAGGAAGAGGAGGCAGAAGAGGGUGAGGCAGAGGAGGAGGAGGAGGAAGAAGAGGAGGAGGAAGAAGAAGAGGAGGAAGAAGAAGAGGAGGAGGAAGAAGAGGAAGAGGAGGAGGAAGAAUAAAAAAAAAACUUCACUAUCAAUCGCAAAUCACGAUUAUUCUCUCAUCAUUCGCGACCAAAAAAAAAAAAAAUGUUCAAAUUUUUUUUUCUCACAAGCGCAACCACAACAACUCGUUCCACGUUUUUUUUUCUCUCUUCUCUUCUUUUGCGUGUAAGCGAGAAUGACGCCUAAAAAAAAAUGUUUACCAUAAAAAUUUUUGUCUUUUUUUUUCACGAAAAUAAAAAUAAAAAAAAAAAAAAUAAAUAAGUUGCCAUAUAAUAAUAUCAACUAUAUAUAUAUAUAUAUAGAUAUGAGAGCAGCUGAAAAAUUCUUAAUACGCGUCUCGCAAUUUGUGAAUCUCGCUAUUACUACUUAUUACUACUGUUAUUAUUAUUAUUAUAAUUAUAAUUAUUAUUAUUAUUAUUAUUAUUAUACAAUUUACAAUAAUAUUAUACACAACCAACACACAAACAUUAUUAAAAUAAUAAUAAAAAAAAAAAAAAAGAAAACGAAAUCGUUUAUAAAUAUAUAAUCAUCGCUAUGUUCACCUUUCACACAUACUCACGAAACACAUUUAAGAUUGGACAGAAAAAAGAAAAAAAUAUAUCUCAUGUCUACUUUUUAUUUGUUCUGAGUUACGCGAUAUUAAAUUUUUAUUUCCUGGGGGUUAUACGACUUUUUUUUCGAACAUAUGUACAUAUAGAUUCUGAAUAGAAUUUGUUAAUUUUGAUGAAACAUAUUUUUUUGACGCACUUUAUGUCUUCAUUUGUCUGAUAAUAUAUAUAUAUAUUUAAUAAUGCCUAAAUAA